AUGCGUCAGAAGGAAUUAGGGUUAAAGGAGUGCAUUUGGGAUGCGUCAGCGGCCAAGCCGGUACAGGCAACUGAGGCCAUUACUGGCAGCGGCGUUUCCGUAAUGAGUGGUCAGGACGGCUCCUCUGGAUUGACAUUCUUGACACGGCCACACCAUUCAAUGCCUCCUCGCAUACCCCUGACCACACGGUCUGUACGAAUAAUCCACAAAGAUUCCUAUGUCUGUCCAUCAUGUCUGCUGAAGGACGCCGGGCGUGCAGAGCAGCCGACGCCCAUUAGGAGAUUCACAUCGGAGAGGAGAGUACGGGACAGGACAAGGCCAGACCGAAACGAGGGACCCAAGGCUAGAGUUACUCAUCGAUAUGCCUCGAAUGGUGCCCUGGCUUCGUCGACCGCCGUAAACGCGCCAUCGACUGUGCCCUUUGAACUACGCGACCUACACCAACAUCUACAGCUACUUCAAGACAAAGCCAGCGUUUACGUCGACCUAUCGCGCCUUCAACUCGCUCUUCGAAGUCUGGAGAGUGAAGAUCCAAUCAUCAGAAUUGCUUUCCUUGGUCUGGGGUCGAAUGGAGUCCAGUCGGCUCGAAGGCUGGCAAGGUUAUUGCUCAGUGAUGAGCUCGGAGAAGAGGCUGCGUGGGAACAAGAGUUGUUAGAUCCAAGAGAUGGCCGAAGCGUGCUUUUGAGGUAUGGAGGGGAAUCUGAGGAAAGUGGAGUACAGCCUGCCAAUUCGCCUUUGGUGAAAGAGAUGCGGAUACCUUCAGCACGACUAAAAGGAUGGAACGUUGAGAUUCUGAUUACUGGCUUCAAUGCCAGCGGCUACAACACCUCAGACUCCGCGGAAAGUACGACAGAACUCGAGGAGAGCAUUCUUGUACCACCGAUUACAAUGCCUAAUUCGAACGGUGGUAGAGUGGGUUUCGUGCGGUAUCCCGUCCAUAAGGCACUGAUCGUGUCGGAAGGCGUAACUGGUGCGGUGGAGCUUGGAAAACUACCUGCGGCACUCGCCGACGACAGACUAAUCAGUGCGGCAUUGAAUCUCCCUCUUCGCGGCAAAGCAAGCGAAGAUGGCACGUCCCUGAAAGCGAUUUCUAUCGAUAUCGUCGAACCCGCACUGCAAGCGCUUCGCAAAGACUAUCGAGCAAACGGGGCAAUCUACAGCUCCCAAUGGCAGCAAAGCAAUGUAGCCAGUGUUGCCAGCUGGCUGUCCAAGGCGUCGCGGCCAAGCAGUGAAGGGCAUAGCCUGAAGCCAGCCGUCGAAGCCCUCCUCAAUUCCGAGCUGGCACGUAGCACGAACCUCGUCUCCACGACGGAGGCAAAGGCCCGAUCUUCCUCUGACGCCGUCCCGGAAUCCAAGCGAACUACCCUUCAGAGCGCCAUCUCGUCCUGGUCUGAGGAAGCCCACCGAGAUCUGCAGCUCAACCUCAACAAUGCUCUUACAUCGCCUGCAUGGCGCCGGACGUCGUGGUGGCGACUAUUCUGGCGCAUCGACGAAGUAUCUAUGUCAGCAAGCGACGUGCUCCGACGUGGGUGGCUGGUGGAUGCAGAACAGAGUUUGGCGUUCAUAAGCGGACGCAUUCUGGAGGCUGGUCUCGCCAGCGAAGAAGAUCUGAAGAAAGACUCAGUCAGUAACAUCGAGGACGCCAAGCUCCUUCCUGGUGUCUCGAGGGAGGAAUUCGAUGAGUACAAGGCAGCGAAUGCUCCGAGCGCCGCACCACAGAAGAUUGAGAGUCUUGCGAAUCUGACAGAGUUCCCCGUCAAAGUCGCUCGCAUGAAAGAGGAAAGUGGACUUGAUGUCUUCUUCGACCCGCCCUGGCCUCAGACCAUACACUUGGCGCGCGAACAGAUGCUGCACCAACUUGUCCCGUCGAUGCAUCUCAAGGCGCAAGCAUUGCUUCUGACGUCCCUCUCCACGAUUGGUGGAUCGGCUGCGUUGGCAGGAUGGUUAUGGGUAGCGUCUGGUGGUGUAGCCUUCUACGAAGCUGGUGCCAUCGCAGCCUUGGGACUUGUUUGGGCUCUGAGACGUUUACAGACGAAGUGGAGCUUGGAAAGGCAGAAGUUUUCCGAGACUGCAAGGGAAGACGCAAGAGGAGUGCUCGCAGAGGUCGAAGGCAAAUUGAGGCGGCUGGUCACCGAGGGCGGUAGAGUGGCGAUCCGAACAGAGGAUGAGAAGGAGUGGAUAGAGGCACGUCAAGCGAUAGGAGCCUGCCAGGAAGCACUGAAAGAGGCUGCAAGCCAUGGCAGCGAUGGGAAGUAA